AUGUCCGCGCGCCUCCUCAACAACGCCAGAUCCCGAUCCAUAUCCACACCUUCAACACACCGUACCCUCCUCCUCACCUUCGACGCCUUCGAUACUCUCUUCCACCCCCGCGAGCCCGUCCCAGACCAAUACGCGUCAACGGCGCACGAAUUCGGCCUCUCGCGUACAGCCAUCACACCCCAGAAACUCAAAGCUGCGUUUAAGACCACAUUCCGUGAACAGGCAUCCCGAUACCCAAAUUACGGCCGUGCGGAUGUUCUUCGCGGUCGGUAUGGUGGGCCGAAACAGUGGUGGGAGGAGGUGAUUCGGAGGAGUUUUAAGAGGACGUUAUCUGAGGGAAAUGGUUCGAACAUUGGCACCGAUCCCGAGCUCCCGGCUGGCUUUGUAGAGGCCCUGAUCGAUCUAUUCGCGGGUGCGCGCGGAUAUACAUUAUAUGACGACGUUGCGCCUUUCUUUGCGCGGAUGCGUGAGCUGAAAGCCGCACCGAAGCACAACCGGUUUAACCAGGUGAUUGUCGGGGUCGUUUCUAACUCGGAUGAUCGCGUUCCUGCUGUCCUUAAGGCGCUGGGAUUACGGGUUGGGGACCUGCGGGCUGAUCAGGAUAUAUCGAGCGGAGAACUACCGGGUUUCGAGCAGCGGAAGGUUAGGGAUUCGAAUACAGUUUUGGGUCAAAUCCGGUCGGAUCUUGAUUUGGACUUUGUUAUUACUAGCUAUGAGGCUGGUGAGGAGAAACCGAAUCGAUUGAUAUUCGAUGUUGCUGAGCGACAAGCGAGAUUAUUAGUACCGGGUGUACAUGUUGGCUCUGGAAGCUGGACCCGUGUGCAUGUUGGCGAUGACUAUGGGAAGGAUUAUCAAGGUGCAAUGGAGGCUGGGUGGCAGAGUUAUCUACUUCGUCGAGGGGAUGGAGAGGAGCGGGAUGCGAAAAGUAUCUCUUCGUUGAUGGAUUUGAUUAACGAGCUAGAGAUCGAUUAA